UUAUAUAAAAAUAAGAUCUUCAAAUUUUGAUUAAUACUGGUUCAUGUUCUAACUCAAAAUCUUCAGUAAAAAAAAAAUCAAAAUUUUAUCAUUGGCAAUAAGAGCAUUACUGUUUGCUUUCAAUUACAUCUUUUUUGCUGAUUCCAAUUUUAGUAAACCGGAAAUCCCGCGAACUAACCGUUAUUAAUCAUCCUCAUCAAUAAAACCGCCAAAUUAAAAAAAGAAAAUGACCAUGUUCAUUGUAUUAAUGCUCACACUAUCAGCUGACACACCCCCUUUUUUUUUCUUUUUACUCAAAGAUCACAAAUUUUCUGAAUACCCUUUGGGGAUUUAAGCUUGUUGGUUCGAAAUGGAGAGGCAAAUUGUGAUGGAUUCGAGUUCAUCGAGUGAAUUAGUUAGGGAAAUGAUGGAGGUGAUAGAGACGGUUGGAUCCUACGCUGGAUUCAGGGUAACUCAAAGGAAGGAGUGCUUGAAUUUGGUGAGGAGAUUGAAGCUUUUGGUGCCACUUUUGGAGGAGAUAAAGGAGCUUGAUUACUCAGUUUCGGGUUUGGGUUUGGCUUUCAAUUCUCUGCUUAACUUGAAGAAAGCACUGCUUGGAGCAAAGAAGCUGUUGAAGAAUUGUAACUAUGGAAGCAAGAUAUAUUUGGCAAUGGAAAGUGAGGCGGUGAUGUGUAGAUUUCAUGCUGUUUAUCACAAAAUAAACCAGGCGCUUGAUAACAUCCCUUUUGAUAAACUUGGAGUUUCAAUUGAAGUGAAAGAACAAGUUGAGCUAAUGCGAAUGCAACUUAAAAGAGCAAAGAGGAGGACAGAUACACAAGAUAUGGAGUUAGCAAUGGAUAUGAUAGUGAUUUUCUCUAAAAAAGAUGAAAGGAAUGCAGACAUUGCUAUACUUGAAAGGCUGGCAAACAAGCUAGAAUUGCAUACCAUUGCAGAGUUGAAAGCUGAAAAAACAGCUAUAGCAAAACUGGUAAAGCAAAGAGGUGGAUAUAAUGAAACCAUGCACCAAAUUGUAGAUCUCCUGGGAAAGUUCAAGCAAAUUGCAGGGAUUGAUGAAACCGUUUCACUUGAUGGUCCUAUUUCAACUAGAACUGCCCAAACAUGUCAAUCUCCUUUAGUACCUCAUGAAUUUGUCUGCCCAAUUACGUUGGAAAUCAUGACAGAUCCUGUUAUUGUAGCAACUGGACAGACUUAUGAAAGAGACAGCAUUCGGAAGUGGUUAAAUUCCAACCAUCGAACCUGUCCAAAGACUGGACAAACUUUAGAACACUUGUCUCUAGCACCAAACUUCGCACUCCGCAACCUUAUUCUGCAAUGGUGUGAGAAGAACAACCUUGAACUGCCCAAAAAGGAUAAUUAUGCAUCUUCAGUUAAUUAUUCUGCAGAAAUCAUGGAAGAAAUCUCUUCAUUGGUUCUAAACCUAUCUUCUAGUCAGCCAAAUGUGCGUAGAGAUGCCAUUGUGAAGAUCCGUAUGCUCUCGAAAGAGAAUCCGGAGAACAGAAUUUUCAUUGCCAACGAUGGAGGAAUCCCACGUUUAGUUCAGCUAUUAUCUUAUCCAGAUUCCAACAUUCAAGAACACACUGUCACUGCCCUCUUGAACUUAUCAAUUGAUGAGACCAACAAAAGGCUUAUAGCUAGAGAAGGAGCUAUUCCUGCCAUUAUUGAGAUACUGCAAAAUGGAACUGAUGAAGCUAGAGAGAACUCUGCAGCAGCCUUAUUUAGCUUGUCAAUGCUUGAUGAGAACAAAGUUCUUGUAGGGAACUUCAAUGGGAUCCCACCAUUAGUAGCUCUGUUGAAAAACGGGACAAUGAGGGGUAAAAAGGAUGCAGCCACUGCACUUUUUAACUUGUCUUUGAACCAAGCCAACAAGUCCAGAGCCAUUAAAGCUGGCAUUAUACCACCAUUACUUCACUUACUGGAUGACAAAAAUCUGGGUAUGAUUGAUGAAGCACUCUCCAUCUUGUUACUUCUUGCAUCUCAUCCCGAGGGCCGGAACGAAAUCGGUCGAUUGUCAUUCAUCGAAACUCUGGUAGAAAUCAUUAGAAACGGGACCCCCAAGAACAAGGAAUGUGCGGUUUCAGUUCUGCUAGAGUUGGGGUUAAAAAAUUCAUCCCUUAUUUUAGCUGCUCUCCAGUUUGGUGUUUAUGAACCCCUAAGAGAAAUCUCCAUAUCUGGAACAAACAGAGCUCAAAGAAAAGCUAAUUCGUUAUUACAACAUAUGAGUAAGUGUGAACAUAUUCCUUGAACUUCCUCAAAUGGUUCCAAUUGCUAAUAUAUUUUCCCUUGUUUCAGUCUGUCAUUGUAAAAUUUGCAGCUUCACAACGUAUUAGAGAUUGUGAUUUUUGUGUCA